ACAGAGCCUUGCUUGACUAGCAUUGACUCGGAGAUACCGCACUGAUCUCGGCUGAGGAACAGUAAAUAAACAAACCCCCCAUUUCCUAAAGAAUCCAAAUUCUCCCAAAUAGAGAUUACAUUUGUUAUCUGGGACUGCGAUUUUCAUAUAUUUAAGUCUGCAGCUGAAUUCCCAGGUAAUCUUCGUUCUGGAUUAUGCAGCACCACUUUUUAUGUUGAUGUUGGCUGCCUGUAAAACUUUGUUAGUAAAAUUCUUUAUCUUUGGUAGUGAUUAAUUAUUUACUGUGAAUCCGCAUGAUCAGUGAAAGAAAUCCUCUUUUCUUAUAAAUUUUUGGCCUUGAUGUUAACUGGUAAGUAUAAAUAUCCCUGAAGUUUCGCUCUUUGAAUUUGUUGUUAAUUUAGCCGCUAUAAUUUAAGAUAUCCUUAGUUGGUAUAACCUUAAUGUUCUUGUUUUCCUUGCUUUUGCAUAAUAUUUUCUUCUUUUUUUCACUUUUCUGGUUGGAAAUGGGAAGAGGGAUUAGGGAACCACUGCACCUGUGUCAGCUUUUAGCUCCGAUGUUCAAGAGCAUAGAGUCCCUUUUACGUGGCUACCAUUAUUCAUGUAAAGGUCGCACAUAUGCUAUUAUAGAAAAUGUGGUAAUGGCGAAAAUGAGACCUGAUCUCUUGACCCUAUGUAAGAUUACUUUCAGAUGUCUGAGGUUCUCCACUCUGCUGUUGACAUAAGUAGUAAAGAUAUUCGCAUUUGGACUCUCAAGGCAAAAAAGUAAUAUUGAAUGGCCUUCUGUAGUUUAAGUCCAAUUACUGGUAACGACAAUGCUGUAUCUGAGCCUAGAAGUGUUGAACUGUGGCUUGAAAGGUUGAAUUUGAUUAAAUUGACAAGCCAAUACCUUAGAUUUAAACCUAAUUGAAGCAUUUUUAUUUAGAAGCGUUAAUUCUUACUUCACUAUCCUGAACUUUUAUAGUUGUUCUGUUGACAUUUUCAUUACAAUAUUCAUCACUUGUUCUGCAACAAUUAGCAAGAAAGGAAAGAAACAUUUAAAUUGGGAAGCAGUAAAUAAAUAAAUGGUGAGUUAAAAAGAGAAAGUUCUUAGCUUCCCAUUUUAUCGAUAUGAUGGAAUUCUUUUUGUUUGGCUCCAUAAUAAGAACCAUGAUGGGCAAAAGUAGUGAAACAACUGCAACUGAAGGUGAUAUGGAAGAUAGAAUUUCAAGCCUCCCAAGAAAUGUUAUCGAUCUUAUCCUAGAUCGCGUGCCCAUCCGAGAUGCUGCAAGAGCAAGUCUUCUAUCAAGCAAGUGGAGAGAUGUUUUGGCUGAGUACCCGCAUCUGCGGUUUAAUCAACAAUUUUCAAAUUCAAUUGCACGAAACAGAUUGCCCUCCGAAUUCAACAAUGACUAUGUACAUAUAGUCAAUAGAAUACUCUUACAACACUUUGGACCUAUCCUGAAAUUUGUUCUUGACCUUCCAGAGCUGCAUCCAAUGAGAUUGAGUGAUGUUGAUCAGUGGAUGCUAUUCCUAUCAAGGAAAGGUGUCAGGGAACUCACUCUUGAUAACUCAAGUUCCAGUCCUUACAAAUUACCUGCUUACAUUUUCUCUUUUUCUGAGCUUACCUAUUUAAAAACAUCUAGGUGUAUUUUCAGACCACCAACUACUUUUGAAGGCUUUGGUAAGCUUAAUCGCCUCAUUUUGGUAGAGGUCACCUUUGGAUCAUCUGUCCUAAAUGUCCCCCAACUUGUCAUUUUGAUCUUAAGGAAUUGCUCUGGUGUCCAUCAUUUAAAUGUGUCUGCUCCACAGCUUCAAAAGUUGACUCUUUAUGAAAAUGAUUAUCUUGCAUUGGACAAUUACAUGAUCUGCAAGAAACUAGCUUAUGUGUAUCUUGCACUUCCAAAUGGAAUUCAACAACAUAGACAGGGUGAGAGAAUCAGCUUACAAGAGCUUUUUGGCUGCUGGAAUACACUGACGAAUGCGUAUUUGGAUGGAAGAUUUCUCAAGCAUCUGGCUGCAGGCAUUAUUCCUGAGAGGCUUCCAACCACAAUGGACUGCUUGAGACAACUUAUGUUGUUUCGUAUUAGCUUUGAUUUGGACCAGACUGCUUGCAUUCUUUGCUUACUGCAGAGUUCCCUCUGCUUACAAAAGUUCGAGAUUUGGAUUGAAUCAGUUGCAGAUAAUGAUGUUACAGUUCUGAAUUAUUUGGAAGAGCCAAGUCGCAUGAACCAAACAAUUGAUGGGCUUCAAACUGUGAAAAUAAGAUAUUUCAAGGGUUCGAAACCUGAAGUGCUCUUUAUAAAGCUCUUACUAGCCUGUUCCGCUUCACUCGAAAAAAUAUAUAUUGAAGAGGAUGAAAAGCUUCGUCUGAAUGAAAGACUGAGAAUAGCAAAGGAAUUGAUGCGCUUCUCACGUGCAUCGACAAAAGCAGAAAUGAUGUUUCAACCAUUAAACUCUGCGUCCACUUAGGAUCUGCUUGAGAAUGUCUCUGUCUUGCCCUUUUCCAAUCUAAAGCAUUCCUCUUAUUCUGGUCUCUCUAAGUUGUAAAUGAGGUCCUUUUUUCUCUGUCUGUUGAUGUUAGUCCUCCAACUGUUUCUAUGGUCUCUCUUAAGUCUAUAUUUUUUGUUUGCAUGUACAGUCUUUGUUAAGUCUUCAGCUCUCAAGUCAUUUCCUGGUUAGUUUGUUGCUCUAAGUGACAUUUCAGCGAGGAUCUUCAUGGCCUUGCAUUGACCUUCCAUUUUCUACUUAUUUUUGUUUCCUAGUGCCUGGUUGGAGUUGGACACGUGCGGACCCUGUCAUUAGGAAACUACUCUUCUUUUACUGGGAACCAGACUUAGUUUUGUUAAAAUUGGUAAUCUGAAGUGUGCCAGAAAUUGAACAUUGCGGCAAAUGAAAGGUGAGACUUUCAUAUUUUUGUGAAGGAGUGGCCAGGAAAGAUCAAGAACACACCACCCAAAAUUUCUAGGCCAAGGUGUAUUCGUCAGUAUGCUGCAAUGUGUAAGGUUGACAACAUAUUCGUCUCCCAAUCUUCCUGUGUAUGUUGCAUUCUAGUCUUCCUGAGUUGCCCAAUGGGGCACUUUCUUGUCUUUCUAUAUACACUUCUUUGUUUAGGGUUUUUUUUUGGAGCAAUUCAGACAGGUUGGACGGCUGAAAUCUACGAGAAGGAAUGUCUUAAAUACUGUUUUCUUUCAUGCUUGUUAUAGCUUUAACACUUGCUUUUUGGCUCUGGCCAAAUUUUAAUGCAAUUGGAUAGCGUAUGAGAUGGAGGCA